CGCUUCUCGCCCCACCAUCACGCCACCGGCCGUGCGACCACGCCCCCUCCGCCUGCACCCAUUGGUCGAGGAGGGAGGCGGGGCGAUGACGUAGGCAGGAGGAGAGGGCGGGUAGUGGAUAUAGGGCAGCGGUAGCGGGCGAGCCGGGAGCGAGAUCCGGACCGAGAUGGAGCGCGUGGUGCUAGUGACGGGAGCCAGCGGCGGCGUGGGGCUGGCGUUGUGCCGGCGGCUGCUGGGGGAGGAUGGACGCAUCCACCUGUGCCUCGCCUGCCGCAACACCCAGAAGGCAGAGGCCACGCGGGACCUGGUGCUGCAGGAGUACCCCGCCGCGCAGGUCUCCACCGUGGAGGUAGACCUGGGCAACCUGGCCUCCGUGCUGCGUGCCGCGCAGGAGCUGCGCUGCAGGUGAGUGGGU